AUGCCUGGUUUUUGGAGGAAGAGACUCACAAACUCAAUGGCAUCCAUAUCAGAAGGUGGUACAGUCCUUUAUCCCUGGUCUUAUGUUUCUUCAAGCUCAAGAUCCAACAAUAAAGAUAGAUUUUUGAGCAGAUACAAGAGAUCAAUGGCUAGUAAUACAACAAAGAACAUAAAGAAACACAACCAGAUCCUGGUUACCAAGAUUCCUUGGUCUGAACUGUAUAUGAUCGUCGUCACCCUUGCUCGGUAUGAUCGCCGGCCUCUCCCCGUUCCUGCCAGGCUGGUAGCAAAAACACAGGGACUUGAAGCAAUUCAGACGAAAUUAUUAGGCCACUCAUAG